AUGGCAUCAACAUUACGUUCAGCUGCUUCAGUACGUACUGGUAUUUCAGGUGGUGCACGAUCUGGUGGUCAAGCAUCAGGUGCAACUCGAAAAACAGCAACAGCAACAGC